GCUCAGCAGCUCCCAAGCGCCGGGGCGGGCCCGUGCCCGGGCGAGCCGACGGCAUUUCCGGGGGAGGGCGGGAGGGAGCGGCGCGAGCAGAGUUGACUAUAUAUGGUCAUAGGCAGCGGCGGGCGGACGGGCGGCGCGGCCGCUUCCUGGUUCGGGCCGCGGCGCUGAGGCGGCGGCGGGCGGGUGAGGAGCAGAGCGGGAGCCGAGCGGCCGCCGGUCUGCCCGCCUGCGCCUCCCUCCAUUCCGUGCCCUUCCCUUCCUUCCUUCCCAGUGCCUCCGGCCGCGAGCGGACGAAGAUGCCGUACGAGAUCAAAAAAGUGUUCGCCAGCCUCCCGCAGGUUGAACGAGGCGUUUCCAAAAUCCUCGGAGGUGAUCCUAAGGGCAAUAAUUUUCUCUAUACCAACGGAAAAUGCGUCGUCAUCAGGAACGCUGAUAAUCCUGCAAUUGCUGACAUCUAUACUGAGCAUGCCCACCAGGUUGUAGUUGCCAAGUAUGCUCCCAGUGGAUUCUACAUAGCGUCUGGAGAUGUCUCUGGAAAGCUAAGAAUCUGGGAUACUACACAGAAGGAACACUUACUGAAGUAUGAGUAUCAGCCAUUUGCAGGAAAAAUCAAGGACCUUGCCUGGACUGAAGACAGCAAGAGAAUUGCUGUGGUUGGAGAAGGAAGGGAAAAAUUCGGAGCAGUGUUCCUGUGGGAUAGUGGUUCUUCUGUUGGUGAGAUCACUGGACACAACAAAGUGAUCAACAGCGUGGACAUAAAACAAACAAGACCUUAUCGUCUAGCAACUGGCAGUGAUGACAACUGUGCUGCUUUCUUUGAGGGACCUCCAUUCAAGUUCAAGUUUACACUAAGUGACCAUACGCGGUUUGUGAACUGUGUGAGAUUUUCUCCUGAUGGGAACAGAUUUGCUACAGCUAGUGCAGAUGGCCAGAUUUUCAUCUAUGAUGGGAAGACGGGAGAGAAAGUGUGUGCUCUUGGUGGAGGCAAAGCUCAUGAUGGAGGUAUUUAUGCUAUUAGUUGGAGCCCUGACAGUAGCCAGUUGCUUUCUGCUUCUGGAGAUAAAACUGCUAAAAUCUGGGAUGUUGGUGCUAAUUCAGUUGUCAGUACUUUCAACAUGGGAUCAAAUGUGUUGGAUCAGCAGCUGGGUUGCUUGUGGCAGAAAGACCACUUACUGACUAUCUCCCUCUCUGGCUAUAUUAAUUAUCUGGACAAGAACAAUCCAGAUAAACCUUUACGUGUCAUAAAGGGUCACAGUAAAUCAAUUCAGUGUCUUACAGUGCAUAAAAAUGGUGGAAAGUCCUAUAUUUACUCUGGCAGUAAUGAUGGUCAUAUUAAUUAUUGGGAUUCGGACACUGGAGAGAAUGAUGGCUUUUCUGGGAAAGGCCAUACAAACCAGGUUUCUAGAAUGGCAGUGGACGAAAUGGAUCAGCUGGUCACCUGCAGUAUGGAUGAUACUGUGCGCUAUACUAACCUUAGCAAGAGGGACUACAGUGGCCAGGAAGCUGUGAAAAUGGAUGUUCAACCAAAAUGUUUAGCUGUGGGUCCUGGUGGCUAUACUGUAGUUUUAUGCAUUGGACAAAUUGUCUUGAUGAAAGAUAAGAAAAAAUGUUUUGCAAUUGAUGACCUUGGCUAUGAGCCGGAAGCUGUAGCUGUUCACCCUGGAGGAGGUACAGUAGCAGUGGGAGGAACGGAUGGGAAUGUCCGUUUGUAUUCAAUCCAAGGAACCUCUUUGAAAAGUGAUGAGAAGUCUUUGGAAGCCAAAGGUCCUGUUACUGACCUGGCAUAUUCUCACGAUGGUGCCUUUCUUGCAGUCUGUGAUGCAAACAAAGUUGUCACUGUCUUCAGCGUCACUGAUGGCUACGCGGAACAUAAUGUCUUCUAUGGACACCAUGCAAAAAUUGUUUGUAUUGCCUGGUCACCAGAUAAUGAACACUUUGCUUCUGGAGGCAUGGAUAUGAUGGUAUAUGUUUGGACUGUAGGUGAUCCAGAGACCAGAGUCAAAAUACCAGAUGCUCACAGACUACAUCAUGUAAGUGGCUUGGCAUGGUUGGAUGAACAUACUCUGGUAACAACAUCCCAUGAUGCUUCUGUCAAAGCGUGGUCUAUCUCCUACAAUUGAAAUAAGUCGUCUCUUUGGAAGGACCUAAUCAGGGACUAGAACUACUGCAGCGGAACAUAGCAUUUCUCUUAAAGAAUCUGUAUUGGCCUCUGGGUCUGCUAUCAUAUCCUCAUAUCUUUACAGGGUGUUCAUAUCUGUAAUUAAAUGUACUUUGAAAGCUUUAGCCAGUAACAGUUUGCACAUGAAAAGCACUUAAAUUAUGUCUGGAGCUUAACCUUUGUGCUGAACAUUCCAGAGGCAACAGCCUAGCAAGUUGGCGUGAAAGAUUCAGGCGUGAAAGAUUCAAACUCAAUCACUUGUUCUUUUCUAACCAAGAAACAUGAGACUGUACAGCAUGAGAGUAAUACUUCUCAUUUUUUCUAAUUACAGAACAUUUCUGUACUAACGGUCAUAGUAAGAAUAUUUAGUUGUGAUCUGAAACCAAUCAAGCUGUGUGCAGCUACUGUAUAUUGCUUUGCUUCUCUGUACUGCACCAAACUGUUGCCUCAGAUUUUCUCCUCCAGAUAACAAAAUGGGGUACAUACAUAAUAAACUUUUUAUGUAUUUCAUG